GCUACGGCCAUGGCUGCCAGGGAUGGGAAUGCGGAGAGCUCGAUCGAGAGGUCUGUUUAGCGCGCCACACUGGGAUCGAUAUCUAGGUGGAAGAUAGCUCUAGAAUUUCUCAAUUAUGGAGGAGGGUAGCAGGGAUUUAAAGAAGAAGCUCCUGAUCCACGAGGAUGAGAGCGGCCUGGAGCUUAGCCUGGGAUUAUCUCUGGGAGGAGGAGGAGGAGGGGGAUCGUCGCUGGAGAAGAAAUCGUCGUCAUUGGCAGUAGCAGCAGCAGCAGCUACAGUGACUGGAGAUGGGGAUUCUUCCGCGCAUGAAGAGGAAUGGAUCUCUAGGACCAAUAAUCACAGCAGCCAGGAGCUGUGGCUGAGAAAGGCGAUGAUCCAGCAGCAACAGCAGCAGCAAUCCCAGCAACAGUCCCGGCUGCGAGAGUUCCUCGCCGCUACUGCUACUCCCUCGUCAUCUUCUCCGGACGUUUCCUCCCAGCAGCAGCAGCAACAGAUCGCCGCGGCGCACGUAGCCGCCGCUGCCUGGAGGCAAAUGAAUCACGUCGAUCCAGCCGCGAAGUUCAUGAGCUCCAGCGGCAUGCCUCUCUCGAUGGGCGAUCUAGCGAAGUUCCUGGCGGCUGCAAAGUCGACGUCUUCUUCGUCGGCUCUUGCUGGCCACCAGCCCCAGCAGCAGCAGCAGCAGCAACAGGCCCAGCCUCGCGAAGACGACGAGGAGCUUGAUUCCGUGGAGCAGCAAAGAAAGUUUUUCCAGCACCAGGAGGCGCGGAAGAAGCGAAAGAUGCUCAUCGACGAGCAGAAGCAAAACAAAAAGGCCAAGGACGACGACAAACCCGAUGGAGCCGAGAAUGCCGCUGGCGGCCUCUCACACAUGCAGCGCGCCACCUCGCUGGGAACUUUCCAAAACCAAGCCGGCCCUUCCGCCAUGGCCGCGCUCGCCACCCAACUUAUGCGGAGAACGAUCUCGGACUCCUCCCUCGUCGCGCAAGCACAAGCAUCGUCCAGAGACGACGGCAAUCCCGCUGCUGCUGCUGCUGCUGCUGCUCAGGCCGAUCCAGCGACAGAAGCUACUGCGAGAGCUCUGGAUCCAAACGCCACCGCCGACGAGACGAAGCAGCUCCUGGGGAUGUGGCAGCUUGGCACCACAGUGGACAUGCCAGCGGCGGAGAGCAUAGAUCCGGAGCUGAGCAGCCUCCGGCCGGGGACGGUGGCGGGGCAAAUCGGAGGGACGGGCUCGUCACCCGAUCUGCCGUGGGUGUCGGCCUCGGGGCCCGGCGGCAAGGCCAUCAGCGGGGUCGCGUACAAGCUGUUCCAGGGGCAGUAUAAGAUCGUGUGCUCUUGCCACGGGCUCCAUAUGUCCCCCAGCGAUUUUGUCAAGCACGCUGAGAGCCCGGACGCUUCAUCUGCCAAUGGCGGCGGCGUCAAGGGCCUCGGAGAUUCCAUGCCCGUGCUCAGCCAAGUGACUCCCGCAUAAAAAGUAACCAUGACACGAAAAAAAUCGACAUAUAUUUUUCUGCUUAUAUUGACCUUCACAAAAGCAUCAACAUCGUACUUUGAUCGUGUGCUC